UCGCAUUUCACCGUCAGUGGCCGCUGACGAAAUAUCUCGUAUUUACUAUUUACCUAUGCUGGGUAUAGUUAGCAGUAAGAUCUCUGAUCCGCGAUAGGUCGAGAUUAGAGUACGUAAAGACAAGUCAUUGAACGCGAUAUACGUAAUUGCCAGAGAUAACAGAAAGUCCUUAUCGGUAUCCGAGAUUAUUUGCAAUACCAGCAAAGAGACUAAAAUAAGACAUUUUGUGCGUUCUCAAAGUCGCGCCUUAUCGGAUUAAGUAAAUCGCACGACGGGGAUCGUAAUUUCCGUGACGACGGUACAGAAGUCAAGCACAGCCGCUAGUAAAUGAUUAGACAGUACGGCUAGUAGUGGCGAACAAGAUAUAUCGUGAAGCGCGAACCGAGGCUGAGAGUCUGUGAAAUAAUAAGUGAAAAUGUCACCGAGUGACCGGAGCGACAUCUUCGAGGAGGAAUUCCUGAAGGAGCAUCUGCUCGCACUGGCGAGCUCGCUGGGAAUAGAGGAGCCAAGGUAUCGCGUAUUAUCGGCCAGUGGAAAAGGGGAAAAUUUUAUUGGCGUCGUAUAUCGCGUCUGUUUGUGGCAAAAUGACCGGGAUAACGAUAAACGCUGGUUCAUCUUCAAAGUGGCGCCCAGGACUGAAAUUCAGCGACUUUACACCCAGGCGGCAAUAAUGUUCGAGAGCGAAGUAGCCUUUUACACGAAGAUAGUUCCGCUCUUCGAGGAAAUUCUUAAGAGGUACAAGAAAUCUUUGGACUUCGUGCCGAAGUGUUAUCGUACGAGUCUCCGGGAGUGCGAAGAGAUUGUCAUUCUCGAGGAUCUUGCCCAACGUGGAUUUACGCUCAGGGAUCGUCUCGAUCAGUUCGAUUAUUGUCACGCGUCGAAAGCCCUCCGCCAUCUUGGACGUUUGCACGCGCUCAGCUUCGCCCUCCGGGACCAGCGACCGGAAACUCUCGAAAUUUUCGGAAAAGUUCGCGAGAAUCUUUUCAACAAGAAUAACCUAUCCAACGAGAUAUUUCAAUAUCGAUAUGAGCUGGUAGCAGACAGCGUUAGAACGGUACUAUCGGACGAAGAUCCAAAGUACGUGAAGAGAUUCAAUAAGUUUUACGAAACCGUCUGGACCGACUCAGAAAGAGCCUGUAUGCCAAAGGAAGCGGAACCGUAUUCCGUGAUAUCCCACGGUGAUAGCUGGUCCAACAAUAUAUUAUUCAAGUACAAGAAGGAUUCGCCGGAACCCGAGGACGUGUGUUUAAUAGACUUUCAAUUUUACCGCUUCGCCUCGCCAGCCCUUGACAUUCACUACCUGAUUUACAGCUCCACCAAUCAGGAGUUACGUGACGAGUACUACGAUCGUCUGAUUCGCGAUUAUUACGAUUCCCUGGCCGAAUAUCUCAGGGGACUUGGCUCCGAUCCGACAGCUCUGUUUCCGUUGGACGUGUUGCGGGAUCAUUUGACGAAAUUCGGCUUUUUCGCCGGUGCUAUUGCUGUAAUUACGCUUCACAUCGUAACCGCGAAUCGCGAGGAAGGGACGGAAGUUAACGACGUGGAGAAGCUGAAGGAACGUGUGAUGAACGACACGCAUUAUCGCGUAACGUUGCGCGACGCUUUUAAAGAUAUAAUUGAUCGCGAUUAUAUAUAAUUAAAAUACCGCAAGCACCAGCCCUUAUAACUUCCGUUGAUAUCGCCGGAAAUUCCUACCCGAUAGCAAUCCGAUACUAGCUGCACCGGUAGGGUAAUCUGGGCCUAGGCCCAGUCAGGGGCGGCUCGCGUAAAGGCACCACCCCCUAUUUGACAUUGUCGAUGACGUUCAAUAUAGUCAUUUUUUUUCUUUAAUUUUUUCUCUAUAUUUUUACGAUAUAUAAUAAAUUUUCUUUUUAUACAUG